AUGAUAUUAAUCAAACAAGCUAUGGUUCACGCAAAAUUAGCAUUAUUUGCGAUAUUGAAAUACUUAGCAGCAUAUUUAUUAUUAGUAAGCGCAGGAAAAACUUCCCCAACAGCAGAAGACAUCAAAUCAGUUCUUUCAGCAGCAUCAGUAGACAUUGAAGAAGAUAAAAUUGAAAAAUUAAUUUCAGAAUUAGAUGGAAAAAAUAUUGAAGAAUUAAUUGCUGAAGGUAAUGAAAAAUUAUCAAGUGUACCAACUGGUGGUGCUGCUGCUGGUGGUGCUGCUCCAAGUGGAGGUGCUGCUGCUACUGAAGAAGCUGCUGCUGAAGAAGUUGAAGAAGAAAAAGAAGAAUCUGAUGAUGAUAUGGGAUUCGGUUUAUUCGAUUAG